AUGCCGGAGCUACCGAACCACUGUCCACUAGCGGAGACCACCUUUGUAAUUUUUUGUACUGCAUGGAAGUGUUCUUGUCUGGGGACGUUCCUUUCCUCCAUUUCACAAAAGUGGUUGCUCACUGCUAUCUGGGCAAGCUGUCCAAAAACAGUCUUCUUUUGGGCCCCCUGUUUUAAAUGGGGCCUGGUGAUUGCUGGUAUCGGUGAUCUGCAGAGACCUGCUGAAAAAUUGAGUGUGUCUCAAUCAUCUGCCCUUGCAGCAACAGGACUUAUUUGGUCUCGUUACUCUCUUGUGAUAAUUCCCAAGAAUUGGAGUCUGUUCAGUGUCAAUGUGUUUGUCGCUGCUACCAGCCUGUACCAGCUGUUCAGAGCCGUUAGGUAUCAACAGGAAAUUUCCAAGGAAUCCAAAUAAAACACAAAAACGAUGGAGCACAAAGUGCCUAGAAUAUGUUGAACUUUAUAGUUACUGCCCUGAUGUUGUGAUUUGGGAUAAAUUCUUAAAAAUUACUAAACAGUCCAACUAGUUUUAGAUUUUGCUGAAUCGCUCAAGCCGGAUUGCGUCAAUCCAGUCAGUCAUUUGUUUCAAAUUGCUCGAAGAACAACAUAAAAUAUUUAUAAAAUAUAUUGCUUAUCACUGAAAAGUUGUAAUUAAUGUGUAACUAUGUCUCUUUUCUGUAUCAUCUAAUUCCAAAAAUUACAAUGAAUUAAUUGCAUCUUUAUAACUAAGAAUUUGUCUGUUAUAUAGUUGUUAUGUUCAAGAAUAUUUCAAUAGAAUUUCAUGUUUUUAAAACGCACAAUUUUUAUCAUAACCAAGUUUUUUUAUACUGCAGCUGCAAUAAGAUGUUCAGAAACAGAAAGGAAUAAAAUUACGUUACAUGGAGUAAAAUCAAACUUUACAAAAGGUUAAGAUUUCACUAAUAACUGUUUCUGAAAACUAUUUGUUAGUGUAUAAAACUCUUUUUUUUGUGUGUUAACAGAUUCUUUUUCUGUAUAUAUGGUGUCCUUGUGAGCACAAAUUAAUGAAUGAUUUGUAUGUAUUAAUCCGACUUAGAUUUAAUCAAACCUAUGUGGUAAUCAUUUUUAAAAGCAUCAAACUUUCAUGUAGUGAAAAUUGGAGUUAUAUGUCAAACAACUCAUCACAAAUUUAUUGUUAUGUUUGUUCAAUUAUAAGAUUAUAUCAGUAUAAAUAAUAUUAAUAUUUGUUUUAAUAAUGUUAAAAUUAAUUGUAAGUGUUAUUAAAACUGAUUCAUUUUAUUUUCUUCAA